AUGGCGACGGCGGGAGGCGGCGCGGGCGCGGGGGGCGCGGCGGGGCCGGGGCGCUGCGGGCCGGGCCCCUCCGCCGAGACGGGCGAGGGCGCCCGCGGCCCCGCGCCCCCCGCGCUGCACCCGGAGGAGGUGGCCGCGCGGCUGCAGCGGAUGCACCGGGAGCUGAGCAACCGCAGGAAAAUCCUGGUCAAAAACCUGCCCCAGGACAGCAGCUGCCAGGAAGUUCACGAUUUAUUACAAGACUAUGAGUUAAAGUACUGUUAUGUGGACAGAAAUAAGCGAACAGCAUUUGUUACCUUAUUGAAUGGGGAACAAGCCCAGAAUGCAAUUCGGAUGUUUCAUCAAUAUUCUUUUCGAGGAAAAGACCUGAUAGUCCAGCUCCAGCCAACAGAUGCUUUGCUGUGUAUCACCAACUUGCCCACUUCUUUUACAUUAGAAGAGUUUGAAGAACUUGUUCGUGCGUAUGGAAACAUUGAGAGGUGUUUUCUGGUCUACAGUGAAGUCACUGGCCAUUCCAAAGGCUAUGGAUUCGUGGAAUACAUGAAAAAGGACUUUGCUGCAAAGGCUAGAUUGGAGCUAUUGGGCAAACAGUUGGGGGCAUCAGCUCUCUUUGCACAAUGGAUGGAUGUUAAUCUAUUAGCUGCAGAGCUCAUUCAUUCUAAGUGCCUUUGUAUAGAUAAACUCCCUCCUGACUACAGAGAUUCCGAGGAGCUGUUGCAAUUUUUCUCCGGUACCCAUAAACCUGUGUUUUGCCAGCUUGCACAGGAUGAAGGUAGUUACGUGGGCGGCUUUGCAGUGGUGGAAUAUAACACUGCGGAGCACGCCGAGGAGGUUCAGCAAGCCGCCCACGGCAUGACCAUCAAGGGGAGCAAAGUGCAAGUUUCCUUCUGCGCCCCCGGAGCCCCGGGGCGGAGUACGCUAGCCGCCUUGAUAGCAGCUCAGCGCGUGAUGCACAGUAAUCAGAAGGGCUUACUCCCAGAGCCAAAUCCUGUACAGAUUAUGAAGAGUUUAAACAAUCCUGCCAUGUUACAGGUUCUUCUCCAACCCCAGCUCUGCGGGCGAGCUGUUAAACCAGCAGUUCUUGGAACACCUCACAGCUUGCCACAUCUGAUGAAUCCAUCCAUCUCCCCUGCAUUUUUACAUUUGACUAAAGCACAUCAGAGCUCAAUUAUGGGUAAUGCUUCUAAUUUAUUCCUUCAGAAUCUCUCCCAAAUAUCACUGGCCCAGCAACAAUUAAUGAAGUUUGAGAAUAUUCAUACUAAUAAUAAACCAGGCUUGCUUGGAGACCCCCCCGUGAUGGUGCUUCAGGCCGCAGUAGGAAUAGGGUCAGCACUUCCCUUGAAAACAGAGUUGGGUCAUCAUGGAGAAGCACAUAAAACAUCUAAUCUGAUUCCAACUCAAACAACUCUAACAGCUGGAAUGGGCUUAUUGCCGUUCUUUGCAAAUCAGCACAUUGCUGGACAAGCUGGGCCAGGGCUUGGGAAUACUCAGGAGAAACAGCCAGCCUCCGUGGGAAUAGCAGAAGGAAAUUUCUCAGGGUCACAGGCUUAUCUUCAGAGCUUUCCGAACCUUACUGCUGGAGGUUUGCUGGCAGGACACCAUAAGCAACAGCAGAGUCAGCCAAAAAGCACAGAGAUGAGUUCAGGGGCUGCCUCUAAGAAUCAGACUUCACUCUUGGGAGAACCGCCAAAGGAAAUACGGCUUAGUAAAAACCCGUACCUAAACUUGGCAAGUGUGUUGCCCAGUGUGUGUUUAUCAUGUAAUAAAACCACUCUACAGAAGACUGGAAUUGCGAGCAACAUUCUGGAGGCAGUCUCUCAGGAAAACGAAUCACAACACACCUUGGAAAAGUGCAUUGCUUAUUCUCAGCCUUUUGGUGAUUACGCACAGGUGUCAUCUUUAAGAAAUGAAAAGCGAGGCUCAUCUUAUCUCAUCUCUGCCCAAGAAGGUGGUUCAAUGGAAUUUGUUGACCAGCAUUCUCAGGGCACAGGAGCAUAUUACAUGGAGACCUACUUAAAAAAGAAGCGUGUGUACUGA